AUGUCGGACCUUCCUGAGGAUUUGAUAGAGGAGAUACUCUCUCGCGUCCCGGCGGCAUCUCUGAAACGGUUUCGAACUACUUGCAAACGAUGGAACGCUUUAUUGAAAGACCAGGGAUUCACGGAGAAACACUUCCGUAAAGCUCCAAAGCAGUCUCAGGUUCUCUUCGGGUUUUUAGGUAGAUUGAAGAUUUGUUCGUUGAGCGUCAAUGGAUGCCCAUCUAUAGAGGUCAUAGAUGAGAUCAGACUAACCGACCCUGUUUAUAUUUAUAAACAAUUCGUAAUUUCAGAAGUCUUCCACUGCGACGGCUUAUUAUUAUGCACUAACGAAAAAAAGACUGGGCUAGUGGUUUGUAACCCUUGUACACGUCAAGCCAGGUGGAUCAAACCCAGUAAUCGUCACAAGAUGAGCGACACCUAUACUCUUGGAUCCUACCAAGACAUCAAAUCCAACAAUAUUACUAGCUACAAAAUAUUGAGAUGCGAUACAUAUGAGGACAAGGCAAGAUUCGAAAUCUAUGAGUUUGGAUGUAAUUCAUGGAGGAUUCUAGACGUCACUAAUGACUACAAAACUAGGUAUUCGGACGGCGUGUCAUGGAGGGGAAAAACGAAUUGGGUUUCUUGGGAUAAAAAAGAGAGAGCCAUGGUUAUAGUCAGUUUUGAUUAUACACAGGAGAGAUUUGGAGUACGUAUGCGUCUUCCCUAUUUUAGAUUUGGUAUUUCGACUAUUUCUCUAUCAGUUGUUGGAGAAGAGAAACUUUCGGUGCUAUUACUACCCUCAGAUACGAUGAGGAGAGAGAUAUGGGUAACAAAUAAGAUUGAUGAGUGGAACAAGGUCUUCACAAUGGAUAAACGGAAACGUGAUUGGUUGGUAAAUGGCGUAAGUCUUUUGUUCGACGAUGAGAAGAAAGUCUUCUUGUGUUGUGAGAGAUUAUUUAUUCCAGACCUGCCAGGGUUCGAACGCGUUCUUGGGGAGGAGGAUGAGAAAUUGAAAGAAUCAGGGAGGGUAUACGUUGUUGGGGAGGAUAAGGAAGUCAAACAAGUGAAUGGAGAAGCCAUAGAUGUUUUUUAUGAUUAUGUUCCAAGUUUAGUUCAAAUUCUGAAGUUGAGUCAAAAGAGAAAGAGGGGUGACUAA